AUGCGAUCCAUAGCAUUUGCCCUUCUGAUCUUUGCCGGAAUCCUGGCCUACGGCAAUGCAGCUCCACAACUGAAUUUGGAAUUUCUGAAGGAGAUCCUGGGUGAGGCUGGUCAAAGGAAUACGACGGUUAAGUUUGGCAACAACACGGUGAUCAUUACGGGAGUAGCCAAUGCCAAUGCCAACAGCCAGGAGGGAAACAUUCGUCCAACUCCACCACAAAACCAAUGGAAUUACAAUUGGUAUCCGUACAACGGUGGUUACAACGCUUACAAUGGCUAUUACGGUUACUAUCGCAUGGUUCCCACCAUCAAUGGUCAGAUUGUCGAGGGGCCACAGAGCAGUGCAGAGGAAUCCCAGGAGAUUUCCCAGGAGUCUUCCCACGAGAUUUCCCAGGAUAUGAGUGACGAGGAAUCUGGCGAGGAUCAAUACCAGCUGGAGGAUCAGACUGCAGAGGACGAAGAAGAGAACGAAGCAGAUCUUACAGAGGACCAGCUCGAUGAUCUAGAAGAGGAGCAGCUCGAUGAAGAGGAUGAGGAGGAGGAUGGCCACCUUGACCAAUCCGAGGAGGCUGUCCAGGAAGACAACGAAAGUGAGGAUGAGCAGGUCGAUCCCGAGGAAGAAGCCAUUGACCAGGCUCUGGAUGACAUCGAAAAAGAGAUAGUCGCUGAAGAGAACCAAUAG